AUGGAUAGUAAUAAAUCAUCGAAAGUAUGUGAAGCUGAAGGGACUGCAUGUAAAAAAGAUGUACAAGCUUUGUGUUAUCAUUGUUCAAAAAAUUUUUGUCGCAUUCAUUUAAUUCAACAUGCACAACUGACGGAAGAUAUGAAACAAGCAAAAUUGAAUUCAUUAGCUGAUAAGUUUAAUGAGCUAUCAUUAAGAUUUGAUAAUAUUUCCAUUUCGGAUAAUAUUCUUAAAAUACCUUUUGUUCAAUUAGAGAAAUGGCGUACUGAAGCACUUGAAAAAAUUGAUCAAAUAGUGGAGCAGAAGCAUCAAGAACUUAAUGAUGAACUUGAUAAGUAUCGGAAAGUUUUUUUUACAAAAAAUGAAGAACAAUUAAUAAAGAUGAACAAUAGUAAAAGAAUUAUUGCAGAAUUGAUUCAAGAGUCUGAUGCAUCUGCUAAUCAAAUUACUGAUCUUCAGACAUCAAUUGAUGAAACUGAGAAUUAUUUGAAUUCGCUUAUGACACAUGAAAUCAAUGUUAUUGCUACAACACCGAUCUGGCGCGUUGAUAUUGAGAGUCAAUUAUUCGAACCUCAAUCUAUAUUAAAAAAUGAAUUAACAGAGUUUAAGAUCACUUAUGUUCGUCUGAAUGGUACCGUUCGAAAUUAUUACGUUAAGACAAAGAAAGAUGGAAAAAUCAGUGAUCUAAUAAACAGUUUUGUACGACAAUAUGUUCUGAUCGAAGAAUUUAGCCAGUCGCAGCAAAAUUCGAUAGAUACUACUAAUCAUCACCCAAAAUAUGAUUUCAUUUUACCAACUGAAGUAUAUAACAAUAGGGUUCAUUCGUCAUUCGACGAUAAUCAUUUAUUAAAUAGUAUUUCCGAUCGUGAUUUGAUCGUUUUCUAUGAAACACCACAUUCAAUGAAUGAGAAGAACUGUACAAAUAUUCUUAUGCCAUGUAGUUUUCGGCGACAAACAAACAAAAUUCCGUUUGGCUUACCUAUCUAUCUGAACAUACCUCGCCAAGGAUGUCGCGGUCAACAUAUCCUGGAUGCUUUACGCGAUUCAUUGGGUAAAUAUUUUUGGCUUAAUCCUAAUACUGAGCAGCAACUUUACGAAGUAUAUCUUCAAGUUAAAGUUGAUUACUUACCAAAGAGAACCAAUUUGAAUGAUGUUUUACAAAGUGAAAUCAUUUUUGGUGGACGAAAAACAAACCUAAUCGUAGAUAUCUGCAGUCAGAUUGCUGAUGAAUAUGAACGAAGCAUUUUGGAGCGAUUCAAUUUCUAA